AGCUCUCGCUAUGGCUAUGGCUAAUUAAAGCACAAACAAAUACGCACUCCCAUCAUAUCCUUUUGUCUUUUUCCUCUUUUAAUCUGAAUCUGAAUCUGGAGCUGAUCAUCAUCUCCACUACCCAUACACUCCUCUCUCUCUACUGACAGCGAUCAUAAAGAAAGCAUCUAUGUUUUCCCAACCAGAUUCUUGAAAUUCGUGAGAAUUCAUUCUCUCACAGUCGCACAAAAGAUGUUUCGACUUUGAUGAUUAGAAAGAGCCCUGCGAAGACGACGACGACGAUCAGAAAGAAAGAAAGAAAGAGAGCCGUUUGAGAAUGAAUUCAUGUCCAUCGUAACUGAAAGCACCCAACCCAACCAAUUCUGUAGUACUACGAAAAAGUCAGUGCUAUCCGACUUUUGUACUACACUUGGGGCUGUAGGUGGGGAGGGGAGGGGAGGGGGUAGUACACACCACAACACCAUCAUCAUCAUCGUCAACGCAACAGUUUCUCAAUCUAUUUCUUCCUAUUCAUCUCUCUGUUCAAAUUUGAGCAUGGCGUCACUCCUCUCCUACUAGCCUCAUGGCGUGUUUUGGUUGUGGAUAACACACAAGUUCUAUCCGAUUCAAGGGGAGAGAUUAUCAGCUCUGCACAAUUAGGAAAUUCGAAGUUUUCACUGUAGAAAAUCACACUGUAAUUUUGCUCUUUCAUUCAGUCAUUCUCCUAUUUAACUGAACAGAUUGAUCGAUUGCGCGGUUGCUUGCUGCAUAUGGGAACCAGCGAAAGACGAGACAACAUAGAAAUUGACGAGAAUGGAGAUGUGGAGGAAACAGGGAGGCAGGAUGAGGAAGAUCUGAAGAGAAUUCCUCCAUGGAGAGAGCAGAUAACUGUUAGAGGAAUUCUUGCAAGUUUAUUGAUUGGAAUCAUAUACAGCAUCAUAGUGAUGAAGCUGAACCUCACAACUGGACUUGUCCCCAACCUCAACGUCUCUGCUGCUCUUCUCGCCUUCGUGUUCAUCAGGACAUGGACCAAACUCCUCCAUAAGGCCAAUUUCAUGACUGCUCCAUUCACCAGGCAGGAGAACACCAUUAUCCAGACUUGCGCCGUUGCUUGCUACAGCAUAGCUGUGGGAGGUGGAUUUGGUUCGUACCUUUUGGGUUUGAACAAGAGGACAUAUGAGCAGGCUGGGGUUGAUACAGAAGGGAAUUCACCAGCUAGUUACAAAGAACCUGGGCUUGACUGGAUGAUUGGGUUUCUUUUUGUUGUUAGUUUUGUUGGAUUAUUAGCUUUGGUUCCUCUUAGAAAGAUAAUGAUUAUCGAUUACAAAUUGCCAUAUCCAAGUGGAACUGCAACUGCUGUACUCAUCAAUGGAUUCCACACAAGUAAAGGGGACAAAAUGGCAAAGGAACAGGUCAAAGGAUUCAUGAAGUUCUUCUCCCUAAGUUUCUUUUGGAGUUUCUUCCAAUGGUUCUACUCAGGUGGAGAACAGUGUGGGUUCAUCAAUUUCCCGACCUUUGGACUCGAGGCGUGGAGACAAACAUUCUACUUCGAUUUCAGCAUGACUUAUGUCGGAGCAGGAAUGAUUUGUUCCCACUUAGUGAACUUAUCUCUUCUUCUCGGGGCCGUGCUUUCGUGGGGCGUAAUGUGGCCAUUGAUUAGUGAAAGGAAAGGGGAUUGGUUCCCUUCAGACAUCAAAGAGAGCAGUAUGAAAAGCUUAAAUGGAUACAAGGUUUUCAUUUCUAUCGCUCUUAUUCUAGGCGAUGGCCUCUACAACUUCCUCAAGACGUUGUUUUUCACGGUCAGAAGCGUGUACGCUGCUGCAAUAAACAAGAGGGAUCUUAAAACAGAUGACAAGGGAGAAACUUUAGAUGAUAUUCGACGAAAUGAAGUGUUCAUCAGAGAGAGCAUUCCUGUCUGGAUAGCAUGUGUAGGCUACUUGAUUUUCUCGGGUGUUUCAGUGGUUAUUAUCCCGAUCAUGUUUCCCCAGCUCAAAUGGUAUUACGUUCUUGUCGCCUACGUUCUUGCUCCGUCUCUGAGUUUCUGCAAUGCGUAUGGCGCUGGCCUCACCGAUAUGAACAUGGCAUACAAUUACGGGAAAGUUGCGCUCUUUGUGCUCGCGGCAUUGGCAGGGAAACACGACGGCGUAGUCGCCGGAUUAAUUGGAUGCGGUCUCAUAAAGUCAAUCGUUUCCAUCUCCUCCGACUUGAUGCAUGAUUUCAAGACGGGUCAUCUCACCUUAACCUCGCCAAGAUCGAUGCUCGUAAGCCAAGCAAUCGGGACUGCGAUUGGCUGUAUCGUUGCGCCGUUCUCGUUUUUUCUCUUCUACGAGGCGUUCGAUGUGGGGAACCCGGAUGGAGAUUACAAGGCUCCGUACGCGUUGAUAUAUCGUAACAUGGCGAUACUCGGAGUGGAGGGCUUCUCGGCAUUGCCUCGCCAUUGCUUGCAGCUGUGCUACGGGUUUUUUGCGUUUGCGGUGGCGGCGAAUCUGGCGAGGGACGUGAUGCCGGAGAGGUUGGGGAAAUGGGUGCCGCUGCCGAUGGCGAUGGCGGUGCCGUUUCUGGUGGGGGGUUACUUUGCCGUUGAUAUGUGCGUCGGGAGCUUGGCAGUGUAUGUUUGGCAUAAAUUAGGUAGUCGGAGGAAGGCGGGGCUGAUGAUUCCGGCAGUGGCGUCGGGUUUGAUAUGUGGGGAUGGGCUGUGGAUUCUCCCGUCGUCGAUUCUUGCUCUUGCGAAGAUCGACCCCCCGAUGUGCAUGAACUUCUUGCCCACGAAGGGACACGACAAAGGUUUCGUCAGCUGAAAGCCGAAUAAUUCGAAUCGAACCGAAUCCAUAAAUGUCAAAAUGUUAAUUGACCAACAUUGAUGGAUGUAUAGAGAUUAUACUAAUCUAGUGUUAGUGUUGGUGAAGUCUACCUACACUGCACUUACUUGCAUUUGAUCAAUUGCACACAUACUUUAAUAACGAUAGAAUUCAUCCGUUA